AUGCCAGGCGGAACUCUGCAUUUCGAAGAGCGCGAAAAACGAGCUGAAACUUGGAUAACGUACGCAUUGUCCGUGUCGUGGGGCCCGGCUCGAUCUGAUGGCCAGCGGCAGCAGCAGCAGCAACGCGUUAGCGGUGGCGCGGCGGCGGCGGCGGCAGCAGCCGGAGCAGCUGGCGGCGGGUGCGGCGGUGGCGGCGGCGGCGCGGCGGCGCGGCGCGCGCAAGCGCGGGCCAGCGGGCGGCGGGCGCCCAUCUGCGGGCAGUGGCGCCCACUGCGCGGCCACCCUGCCAUGAGCUUGCGCCAAUGGUGGCUCAGUAAGGCUUGGCGACACCUCCUACUCUUCUCCUGCUCAACUCUUCUCUGCGAGCGCAGCGGAGGCACGGCACCCCGCCCACGAGCUGGUAGCAGUAGCAGCCAGCGGCAGCGGGCGGCGGACGCCAACGGCAGCGGCAGCGAAGCAGCGGCGGUAGCAGCAGCGACCACCGCGUCUGCCAACGGCAACGGGAGCCCCACGGGCCCCUGCAGCAGCGGCAGCAGCAGCGGCGGAGGUAGCGGCUGCAGCAGCGGCAGCUUUCAUCUCAACAAUAACGCGUGUGACCCUUCACCCGGCGACCUGGCGCUACUCGCAAAACUGGAGGAGGCCAACAGGCUCAUUGAGGCUGACUCCAAGUCCCUCAAUUCCUUGUCAGGGAAUAGUGGGCAUUCCCGCAAAAGCUCAGACACAUCCCAAAUCUCUCUCACCUCUGGCACAAGUUUCAGUCAGGAGAGAACUGAAGAUGGGGAGGAAGAUGCAUGGACGGUCUGGGGACGAAUCUCUAAUGACUGGGACACAUUUUGGAAGAAACGUAACCAGUUUGUUAGGGAUUUGGUCCGAAAAGGCAUCCCUCAUCACUUUCGAGGGAUUGUCUGGCAGCUAUUGUGUGGGGCCCAUGAUUCUCCUGUCAAGAAACAAUAUGCAGACUACAUUAAAGCAACUUCAGCAUACGAAAAGGUGAUAAGACGAGACAUAGCUAGAACUUACCCAGAACAUGAUUUUUUCAAAGAAAAAGAUGGCCUGGGACAAGAAAGUCUCUUUAAUGUCAUGAAGGCAUAUUCUCUCCAUGAUCGUGAAGUGGGAUAUUGCCAAGGAUCAGGUUUUAUUGUUGGUCUUUUACUUAUGCAGAUGCCAGAAGAGGAAGCAUUUGCUGUUUUGGUAAAGUUGAUGCAAGAAUAUCGAAUGAGGGAUAUGUUUAAACCAACAAUGGCAGAAUUAGGUUUAUGUAUGUACCAACUUGAGAAUCUUGUCCAAGAACUGAUUCCAGACCUGCAUCUUCACUUCCAAUCACAGAGCUUCCACACUAGCAUGUAUGCCAGCAGUUGGUUCCUAACACUUUUCACAUCUGCCUUCCCCUUGCCAGUAGCUUGCAGAAUAAUGGACGUCUUCUUAUCGGAAGGAAUGGAUGUAAUUUUUAAAGUAGCUUUGGCGCUUCUGACAAUGGGAAAAAGUGAACUUCUGUGUUUAGACAUGGAAGGAAUGCUCAAGUUCUUGCAGAAGGAACUCCCAACAAAAGCAGGAACUGACCCUGAUGGUAUGAUGCUGUUGGCCUACAACAUGAAAUUAAAUCCUAAGCGUAUGAAAAAACUUGAAAAAGAUUAUACAGUUAUGAAGACUAAAGAACAAGAAGUAACUGUGGAAUUAAGGCGCUUACGAACAGAAAACCGUUUGUUACGUCAACGUGUUGAGUUGCUGGAAGCUGAAUCAAGUGAGUUAGCUGAUCGUUUAGUUCGUGGGCAAGUAUCUCGAGCCGAAGAAGAAGAAACUACAUUUGUUGUUCAACGUGAAUUAGCUGCUCUUCGUCAUACUCAUUUAGAGACAUCUCAUCAGUUAGAAAUGGCAAAAGAGGAAAUUCGUAGUCUAUCAUUGUUAAUGGAGGAAACUCAUUCAUCAAGACAAUCCUCUCUCGAAGAAAUCUCCCAUAAAAGAGAGCUGUUAAGUCAAAAAGAAGAGUUAAUUGAAUGUUUGCAACAGGAACUUGUCAAAGUACGUUUACGGGAAGCAGAAAAUGAUGCUCUUAUAAGAGAUCUCCGUUCACGUAUUCAAGAAUUAGAAGAGGAUAAGAAGACCCUCAGGGAGACUACGCCUGAUAAUUCAGUAGCUCACCUUCAAGAAGAACUUAUUGCAGUCAAAUUGCGUGAAGCAGAAGCCAAUCUCUCAUUGAAAGACUUGCGCCAGAGAGUUGGGGAACUCAGUGCACAGUGGCAACGUCACCUUCAGGAACAUCGUGUUGAGGCAGCUCCUGCUCCUGACAGUACACCUAAAAAACUACUAUUCUGGGAAAGCCGCAAUAAUGAAGCACAACGUUUAGAAGAGGAAUUAAUGACAACUCGUAUAAGAGAAAUGGAAGUACUAACUGAAGUGAAAGAACUGCGCUUGAAAGUGAUGGAGCUUGAAACGCAGGUGCAGGUGAGCACAAAUCAGUUGCGUCGCCAAGAUGAGGAAAAUAAAAAUCUUCGUGAAGAAUUAGAAGCAGCUCAGAAUCGGGAGAGAGAAAAUCAGAGUAAAUUGCGAGAGGAGCAACAUCGGUAUGCGGAUCUUGAAUCAAAGAUGAAGGAUGAAUUAAUGAUGGCUCGCAUUCGAGAUGCUGAACAUACUCAAUGUGUGGCUGAAUUGACUCAAAAAAUAUCAAUUUUGGAAUUGAAGAAUGAAGAAAUGGUUGCUGAGGGAGAGCUUCGCAGUAAUCUUGAUGACAGUGAGAAAGUGCGAGAGUUGCAGGACAAGGUUGCAGAUUUGAAGGCAGAGAUCAUGAGACUAGAAUCUUGGAAGGAGAGAUGGACUGGUGGCCCUCAUGAUGGUCAUGCAUCUGCAUCACGAUCCGCUUCAGUUGAUACUGAAAGUGAACACGAUGAACCAUCUGAUCUGCAAUUACGACUGACAAGUGAGACAUCCAGCCCCGAGGUCUGAUGCCCAUUUACUUUGGUGCCUCUCUCUUUUUUCGGUUAGCUGCACCACUUAACUUAUUCACUGGUUUUUUGGACAUCAGCAGCUUGCUAGUAAGGAAUGAACUAUUCUUUUGGUGGAAGUUUAUUAAUGCAUAUCUGAGGACAAGGAUGCAGAUAUGUAUGUAAAGUGGUAUUGAGUGUUUCAUGAAAGUGCAGCUUGUGAAGGAGAAAAUAUUGUCUCAACAUGUGUGUAUUUUCUCUUUGUAAAUGAUAUUCGUGUAUUAUUUGUUAUUUUCUUUUUUUGUGUAGGCCUCAUUUUUCAGUUUAGAACAGGUUUAUCCUGUUCAUUCUGUUCUGACACACACACAAGUAAAUCAGCUUAAUUUCCUUUUAAAUUUGUGUCGAUUUGAGUGAUUUGUUUUUAUUACCAAAUAUCCUCAAAUUAAAACUUAUAUAAAAUGAAAUUAAUGUAUGUACAUUUAUACUUCAUGUUGAGUUGUUCCUGAAAUCCACUGGGACAUGGUCAGAGAAUAACUUGUGUUGUAUUUCUCUAGAGUUCUGGUGGUAAGGAUAACUAUCAUUUACAGUGAGAAAAAUGUUACUUAAAUUGAUGUUUGCUAUAGUUUAUAUCUGCUAUACUUCUAAUGCAGUUUAACUGUGAAUACUAAAGCUCAUAGCUUAUCUGUGAGAAAUUCUGAUCAAAGUAAUGCAGUAGAAAUUUUCUCUUCUAAAAUUGUAUUGCUCUAAAUAGUUUUUUCAACUAUGUUUCUUAUGGCUAUUAUCUGAUGUUAAUAAGGAACUUCUGUACUCAGAAAGGGGGAAGACUUGAAUGUUGCGUUUCCAAAACAUUUUGUUGAUAGUAUCUCCAAGUAUCAGUAAUGAUGCAUCUGUCCAUUGUUCUCUGACCCGUCCAACAGGUUGAACCCAACCCCGUCCACCACAUUCAAUAUAAUUAUCAAUUCUCCCUUAUUUCAGGAUUAGCAGAAGUUCCGAAAAUCUUUUAGGAGAUUUUAUAACAUAUUUUUGCAUAAUUUUAUGCAGUAUUAUUAGCAGUAACAUUAUUACUUGUCAGUAAAAAAGAGAAAAAAGCAAUUAAACCAGCUUGCAAUGGCUGUAUUCCUUAUUUUACAAAUAUUUAUUAAAAAUUGGAAAUGUUGUGGUUUCAGCUCAAGGCAAUAUAUUUUAAGAUCCUGAAUUAUCUUCAUGAUAUGCUGUAAUUAUUAAACUUUAAGUUGUAUUAAUGGUGUAAUGCUACCAUUGACUUUGGCUUUAGAGCCAAUAAUACAGUACAUUCUACUGACACAAUCAAAUUGGAACUGAUUGUGUGUGCAAUCAAAACACCAGAUAUUGGGAAGUUAUUGAAGGCCUGAAUAGUCUUCUAGCUCCAAGAAUUCACUUCUAGUGCAGCAGUGAACUGUAAAGUCACAUCAUAGUUGUUAAGAGUGAAGAAGGAAAGUAUUUACGAAGAUGCUGUGUAGUUAAGUGUAUAUUUUAUCAGUAAGGAAAGUUUGUGGAUGUACAUAGAUAUAUUUUAUGAAGGAUAACUGAACCUUCUAACAAGAGGUUCAUAAAUUGUGUUGUUUAAAUGUGUGCAAGUGUCCAAGACUGUGAAAAUUCUACGAGGGUUCCUUUGUGGACUUUGAAGAAAUAGGAAUUAAAUGGUGCAGUUUUUUUUUUUUUUUUUUUUAAAUUUUAUUUUAAAAUCUUGUUAUUGAUAUUUUUAAGUGUAUAUUAUUAAUGUGAAUACUUUAUAAUUUAUUUAUUGUCUUCAAAUUUAGCUUAUGGCAUGAGCUCCCUAUGUAAGACAAUGGAAAAUAUUUUUGAAAAUAUGUUGCAUUUUUUACUGAUAGGGAUAACAAAAUCCCAGGUAAAAAUAUUAUAUAUUGAGUGCAAUACUGAAGGCAGAUAAUCAUUGGUCCUUUAAACGAGCUUGUUUCAAAUGCCAGUAUUAUAUGUAUAAGAGUGAAGUAUAUUUGUGGAGAAAUUUCUUACUGCAGAAUAAAUCUCAUCCUAUUAAAAUACUCAGUCUGCAGGAGGAGCUGUGUACAUUUGUUGAAAAGUGGAAAUACAAAUACACUCUGUGUGGCUCAAGAUCAGUGACAGAUGUAUUUCGGUUUUCUUAAGAGUAUCAAUGUGCUUUGUAAACUUUGGUAACUGAUCAUAGAGAGACAAGGGAACAUCGAAUGUUCAAUCAGAUAUGCUGUAUCAUUUCCAUUUCAUAAUUUACUACUUUAAUAAUGUACUUAUAUUUCUGUUGAGAUAUUCUAGAACUAGAAUUUAUGAAGUUACAUGUAUCAACAUUGCACUUUCAAUCUGUAUAUUCUAGAGAACAAUUUUAAAGCAAUGUGUAGACAUUCCAAUUUUAUCUUGUUAUUGUUGCUGUCAAUUGUGAUCAGUUCAUUGAAAACUAAAAGUAUUUAAAUUUUAGCUAAUUUAGUGUGUAGCUAACUACUGUUCCCUGUUCUAUGCAUCUCUUCUCUUUCUGUGCCAAUGUAUACAAUUAAGUUUAAAAACGAUUUCUAAUAAUUUGGUUUUAGUAUAAUAAAUGUUGGGUCCACUUUCCUGUGCAACCGUUCAUUGGUUAAUUAAUCCAAGACAAAUAAAGAAAGACUACUAUCUGCAGCA